AUGGAUGACGGCGGAGGUGCGUUCAUAUCUUGGCGGGCGCUGGACGUGCUCCGUCAGCUUGGGUUGCGACCACGUCGCACUGUCCGCUCUGUCUUAUGGACAGCGGAAGAGAUGGAGUUAAUAGGUGCUGCGCAGUACUUCAAGGAUCAUGGGGACGAAAGGAAGGAGCGCGUAAACAUCGCCAUGGAGUCCGAUAUGGGCACGUUCAAGCCGAUGGGGCUCGCAUUUAGCGGACACAGUGAACAGGCAAAAUGUGUGAUUGCGGAAGUGCUCAGCCUUUUCAGCGACAUAAACGCUACCGAACUCAGGAUUGGGGCAGAUGCACCAGAUCUCGAGCAGUGGAUCUCGGCAGGUUUUCCGGUCGCGUCACUUACGACGGACAAUAGGAAAUACUUCUAUUUCCACCACACGGAUGGGGACACCAUGACUGUUCAAGACCCGAUUAUUCUAGACCUCUGCACCGCUCUGUGGGCCGGCGUUGCAUACGUUCUUGCAGAUCUGCAAGACAGUCUGCCUCGGAGAUAA